AAACAUGUUUCGACUUUUCGUAAUGGUUGCCGCACUUUUCAUGCUGAUCAACGCGGAAUUGCGAAGAAUUUCGUUAUACAGAACAAACUCCAUUCAAAGAUCGAUUGGCAUCGAUCGUCGACAUCAUCGUUUAGUUAGGAGCGUUCUAAGGGAACAUUUAUUUAAUGAUGACGAUGUUUCAUACUACGGCCUUAUCACAAUCGGAACUCCACCGCAGAAAUUUAAAGUACUUAUCGACACUGGUUCCUCAGAUUUCUGGGUAGCGUCUUCAAACUGUGAUCUGUACAACGCUGCUUGUUGGACACAUAAUAGAUAUGAAUAUGAAAAAUCCAGCACAUACGUGGAAAAUGAUACUUCAUUCUAUAUUUCAUAUCAUAAUGGUGAGGUGUCCGGAUAUUUAUCUAUAGAUGUAGUGAAUAUUGCUGGCCUUAAUAUUCAAAAUCAAACAUUCGGAGAAGCAAUAACCCACUUGGGAACCGCCUUUUUCUAUGCAAAAUUUGACGGUAUUUUGGGAAUGGGAUACCCCGAAGGAGUAAUUGCCAAAGGAAUGACUCCCGUUUUUAAUAACAUGAUUAACCAAGGCUUGGUGGAGCCAGUUUUUAGUUUUUAUACAAAUCGAAAUUCUGUGUCCGAAUUUGCUGGUGAACUGAUAUUGGGUGGCUCCGAUCCCAAUCAUUAUUUAGGCAAGCUUACAUAUGUUAAUGUUACUCAUAAAAGAUACUGGCAAUUUAUGAUGGAUAAGAUUCAAAUAGAACAUAGCAGUUUAUGCUCGAAUAGCUGUGAAGCUACCGUCGACACGGGCACUACUAUGCUAAUUGGACCACAAUUGGAUAUUGAAAUUAUUAACGAACUGAUCGGAGCUACUUAUAUUAACGAAGAAAUAAUUGUGGACUGUAAUAGGACUCUUUACUUACCCAAUAUUAGUUUUUUCAUAGGUGGUAAAUCAUUCGAAAUCACUCAUGCAGAUUAUAUUUAUACCGUCACAGAGAAUGGUACUACGAAAUGUAUGAGCGCUUUUGAGAGUUCAUAUUCCAAUGAUGAUUAUGUGGAAUCGAUAUGGAUUUUGGGAACUGUAUUUAUACGUCGAUACUUUAUCGAGUUCGACAUGAAGAAUAACCGGAUUGGUUUCGCUUCUAAGAAGUAA